UUGUCUCAACAGGCUGUAACAGGCUGUACCAGGCUGGCCAUUGGUCGAGCUUUCUCUCAGCCUUUUAUGGAUGGCUUGCUUCGCCCUUCUUCCCUACAUCCUCGUCCGUGCCGUCCGUCAGGUAGCCGCCCUCCCUCGUUCCAAGCAAUGGAUGCUGCAAUGGACAGGCGGCCCAUGGUUCAUGAAUGGGUGACACCCGUGACACCGCUAUAGAGGCUGAGGCUCCCGGCCGGCCUUGAGUCGCCUCUGACGCUCACACCACCCAUGGCAGACCCCCAAUGACAUCACCGCGCUCGAGGUCCUAAAGCUCCAUCCCCCUCGACUUUGGGCGACCCGUCCCCAACCCGAUUCUUACAGCCAAGGGCAGAAUGGUCUGGCCCCAAUGUGUGUUCGUUUAGUGCUAAAAAUGAAGGCCUUAGGUUCGCCUGGCUUCUCUUGCGUUAGUUCGCUUAUUGACCCGCUAUGAAACCCGGGGAUGUAGCCCGGGUCAUCCGGGACUUUCUUACCACGCAGGAAGAUGAGUUGUGUCUGGUGGCUGGCGAUUAUGUUCAGAUUGUGUCCAUGUUGGACCGCCACUGGGCCUUGGGUCGUCACAAUCUCCGCCAGGGUCGAAUUCCCACCUCGCACAUCACGCCUGAAGAUAUUGGCCAAUUGCCUGAUCAUACGCGGCUCUUUGUGGCUUCGUCCACCUUUGAACCCGAACAAGAGGGUGAUUUGGCCUUGACGCCCGGUACGCUCGUGAUUGGUUAUGAGACCGUGGAUGACCAUUGGUUGCGCGGCUCAUCCUUAGGUGGCAACCACGGCACGUUUCCGCCCGCUUAUUGCUGGGAGUUGGAUGCCACCAACUAUGUGCCCGCUCAAGCUGCCCAACGGCAUAUGGUGGAGAAAUAUGCCCAAGUGGUCCAUUCUUUGCAAGCCCAACUGGCUGAAGAGAUUGAUUUGGUGGCGGGCGAGAUUGUCAAAAUUGUCGAGAUUAUCGAUCGCGAUUGGUAUCGAGGCGAAGCCAGGGGUCAAACUGGCAUCUUUCCCGCUUCGUUUGUCAAAAUCGUAGAUGCUUUCCCCGGGGAUACGCCCAAGGCGGAAGCCAACGUCAAACCGUACGUGGAAGCUAAUCAACACAAAGGAAACGAAUACAUGAACACACGCAACACGUUUGAAGUGAUGGAAAAGGGCUUGAAGUCCAUGGGACAACAGUCCAUGCUCAAAUCUGUGAUCAAUGGGCUUGAUGUGAAGCUGUCCGACUCUCUCGCGUCUAAUCCGUUUACUGUGCCUCCGAUCGAACUCAAGAGUGAAAAAAUCGCCCAAGAGCUUCUGCAAGAUGACUACUUCAAACAGAAUCUACCCUCAUCGUAUGGAUCCGUGAGUCUCACCCCGCCGCUCGAACAAGAUUACGAUGUGGAACAAAGUGUAUUUGGCGGCGACGUUGCCCGAUGUUCACAGGGCUUCAUGGAGAUGUCCAAUCAUUUGCGUGGCAUCACGGGUAAAUAUGGCUCACUGAAUGCGCCAGAGGAGAGGAAGCUUUUGAGCAACCCGGAUUACAACAAAGUGUCGGAGAAUCUAAGAAAGAACACUCAGUCAAUGCAACGCAUCUCUAGUCCCUCCGUGAUGGAUCGCAGUGCUUCGAUGGCCCACUAUAAUCGUUUCACGGAUAAUAUGAAGGUGUUUGAAACAGAACCAAUCACUCAAGACGGGUCUCAGAGACAGAGGCCGAACUUGGAACGUUACUCAAGGCUCUCGGAACAAUUCAAUCUUUUGAAACGGGGCCAUCCUACAGACCCGGAAAGAUUCAAAUCCCAGUCCUCUAGUCUCAUGAGCGCCCCAGACUAUAAUCGAAUGGACCAAAAUCUUGGCGUGUUCAAAAAACCUCGGGCAGCCACGCCAACCAAGCAAAAGACAGACGACCUUUUGGCGGACGAUUCGGAAUCGUUUCGAUACCAAAACAUCACCUGUGAAUCGGUUGGUUAUACCAUGAAUGAAGUCAAUGUCAAGCCUUAUGCCAUUACCCGGUUCAACUUUGUAGCCGAAUUCGAUAGUGAAUUGGGUUUUGCAGCCGGGGAAAUGGUCUACCUUCACCGUUAUGUCGAUAACGAGUGGCUGGAAGGCGAAAUUGACAACCAAGUUGGCAUGUUUCCCAUCCACUAUGUAAAUAUUAUCGUGGAUUGCAAUCAAGACGACUCGAGAUUGGGCAAAGGAACUGAGCCACCCUUUGGAAGUGACGGCAAUUCAACAACCACUUCGAGUGAAGUGUUUAAAAGCACAGCUGUGACUGUUCAUGAAAAUCUUGAUCCCGACAGUUAUCACCGGGUGCUAUAUAAUUUCCACGCUCAAAUUGAUGGUGAUAUUACUGUGGCCGAAGGCGAAGUUGUUCGCAUCAAAGAAAAGCAAUCCUCCGAUUGGGUGGAGGUCGAAAACUCGGCUGGUGAGGUGGGUGUGAUGCCUGGCAAUCAUUUGGAUCCGGCUUCAGAGUUUGAUGGACGAGCUCAGUUCGAUAUUGAACGUCUCAUCAACUACAAGAACCUGAAGGAGCACUCCACAUUGGAUACUCUCCCGCAUAAGACAGCGGUCAAUCCAGACCUGAAGUUUUUCGAUCCUCUGUGUAGUCCAGAUAAUGAAAUGAUGAAGAUCGAGCAGGAAAUGGAACGCAAGGCCAAGGAACCCGUAAUAAAAAAGCUGGAAGAAAGAAAAGCCAGGUCCGCAACCAACCCGUUCUGGUCCCAUCGCAAUAACAUGGUUCAAAUAGAGCCCAAACAACCUAAAGAUAUUGAAUCUCUAAUUCACACAAAUCUGACCAAACUGAGAAGCGACUCUCCCAAUCGAGGGGAUACAAUCGAUGCCACUUUUCACUCGAGAGAGAAAAUCCAAAUCUCACAAAUGGUGCUGGACGAGCUCCGAGGCAAAAGACGAUCUGAGGAGUCUUCUCCGCAAAUUGACGCCAACCUUUCACCCACGGACAGCGAAACCGCAAUGGAGAAUCAACCUCCUCCGGCCUUCACACCACCACCGAAGAUCCCGGCAAAGUCGAUCAAGAAGCGGCCCGCUCCUCCCAAACCCAACAAACCGUCAACUUUGGCUGUCAAGUCCAAUCAACCUCCUCCCGUACCGCCCCCUCCCCGGAAGGACGAGCCAUUGUACUCCCGAAUUCAUAAACUCGAGCGAGGUCAAUCCGUACUCAAGCGAGAGCCCCCUCAGCGCCCUCCAGGUCCUUUUCUAAAGCACUCAGUGUCCUUACCCGCAUCGACUGAUGAAGAGACAAUCCCUGAAGAAACGUCAGACGAAAUUCGAGGCGCUAAUCUAAUGACCAUAGAGGUGGAUAUCCACAAUGGACAUGCUUACGAUACACCAGAUGACGACGGACGAAGUCUUGCUUCGCCUUACGAUGAGACGCCUACGAAUGAAAAUCAGAGAACAAUUCUGCCCGCAGAAACUCAACCAACCAUCUUAACACGCCCUUCCUUACUUAACCAGGGUGAGACUUUUCGCUCGUAUAUCAACAAUAGCCCAAAAAUCUUGGGUCCGCCCGCAUUCCCUCCAGACAAAAAAAGUCCAAUGAGUCCCAGUCACGGACCAUCCUUUCCUCCACCCAAAGUGGCCUCCUUGCCAUGUCGGAGUGACUCCGUGGCCUCAUCCAUCAAAACCAGAUCGGUAUUUUACAACUCUGUAGCUUCUGAUCGAGGUGAUAGUCCUGUGGCAUUGGCUAGUUUGAACCAUAGCUACGAAACACUGAAUAUGUCGGAUUCUGGAAGCAAUCAUGAAGCCUCUUCGAAUUCCAUGAUGGGACCUCCACCCACACGUCGACUACCUCAUCGUCCAGCUCCGCCUGUGCCUGUCCGAGAACAAUUCGAACGCUCGAAAGAGAUACUUUUUAACAAUCCCAAGCGAAAAUUAGAUCUGAGGAUACCCGGGCACAAGAAGAACCUAAGGUUCCGGAAAAUUCACUCGCUAAAGCGUCAAAUCCUGAUCAAGGAGAAAUUGCUUGAGGAUCCAUCCAUUCCAAAGGAGCAAUUGCUUCGAGAACUAGACAUGUACCAGGAGAUUGCUGUGGCCAAGGGUCAGGAGUACGAUCACCUCAACUUGAAAAUGGACCAUUGUCAAGAGAGUAUUGAAACGUUAUCAGACGAGAUUCAACGCCUUCAAGCGUGUUUGGCCGACGAAGAGUUAAAAUUGGAAGAGGAUGCGAUUGAAGAAAACCGUCGGAAAGCUGAGGAUGAGAGUCGUAGGAGUCAACUAGCAGUGCAACAAAGAGAGGACUUCAAACGGAAGAAAGAGGAGAAAAUAAAGAAAAAUAAGGCACAAAGAGUGAAUGUGAUCCGGGAACUAGUUCAAACCGAACGCGAAUUUUGUCGUGACCUAAAACUCACAUGGCAAGCCUUUGGAUUGGAUACUCCUGAAAUCUUGGAGCAACGCGGGAUCGACGUGAAUGUGCUUUUUGGCAAUCUUCGCGAAGUAACCGAGGUGUCAGAGGAGUUUCUCAAAUCAUUGACCGAUGAAACUGAAAUCCACACUAAUGUGGGCGAGCAACUGAUUGGAAAGUGCUUCCUCCAAUUUGCUGAUCAGAUGAAGAAAGUCUACACGGAUUAUUGCAUCAACAACGACAAGGCUGAGCAGGCCUUGGAAAAGUAUGAACAAGUCGUGGAGAUCCAAAGCGUCCUUCAGAAAGGCGUCGAAGUGUUGCAAGCACAAGUCAGUUGUUUUAAUAUCGGAUCCAUUCUGAUCAAACCCGUCCAAAGAAUCUUAAAAUACCCUUUGAUAUUAAAUGAAUUAAUCAAAUGCACAGAAGACGACCAUUUGGAUCGUUCCGACUUGUUGAAGGCGGUUCAACUUAUGGGCGAAGUGGCUUCAUUUAUUAACGAAUCCAAGCGGAGAAAAGACAUUGUGGAGAAAUACAAAACUGAAGGGGAUAAGACCCUAACUCGGAAGAUUUCCAAGUUGAAUAUGCAUUCGAUUAAUAAGAAAUCCUCGAGGAUUAGUCAGAAGUUCCUCAACUCGUUUGGAGUGGAUCCCAUGGUAGGUCAUUUUGUAGAAACAGUGGAAAACCCAAAAACCGUACAAACGUUUUCCUUGGACACCCAAAGGUUCAAGGACCAACUCCACGAAGUGGCUGUCUCUCAAUUCAACGUGGCUGAGAAUGUGGCCGACUUGUACAAAGAGCGUGUUUCCACCCGAGAGGUCGAACGAUUUAGAUCAGCUCAGCGGAAUAUCAUCUCAACCUACUGGAAUCAAUACAACCUUUUACUCGAGACAAGGGUUAUGAAACCACUGCAAUCGCUUUUGGACAGUUUCCAAGGUCCCUUCAAGCUGAUCCAGAAACGCCAGGACAAACAUCUGGACUAUACGGCGAGCCUGCAGAAAUAUGAAAAGAACAAAGAUCCACUUCGUUCCAAGCCGAUGUUAGAUGACAAGGAAAAGUCAAGAUCCACGUAUGACGUCUUGAAUAGUCAACUUGUGGAGGAGUUACCAAAACUUUUGCACUUUGGCACGAAGCUUUUUGCCAAGUGCUUGGCGGAGUUUGUCCAACUAAGAAAGCUUUUCAUCGGAAGAGUGACCAGAGAACUAUUAUCCUUGAUGGACAUUUACAAAAGACGGUUGCCAUUGUUGGCCAACACAAGCGGAGAUAUCCUGGAAGUUUUUUUGGCCAAGCACGCUUUGGUUUGCAAUCAACUUGGGCGAUUCAGCUUCUCUUCCAAAGCCUUUAAGCCUGAAGACAAGAAGAAAUUAGCAGUUGGAUUGAAUUCGUCGCAUGGGCCAGCUUUAGGACAAGUAAAUGUGACACCACAAUCUGCUGGAAUUAGAACAUUUCUCCGGGGAAAAUAUGCCGCUGCUAAAUUGUUUCAAGCCAAGGAGAUGUACACGCCUAAGAAUCAGUUGGACAUUGGCGUUAAUGCGGGGGAUUUGGUGGGUGUGGUGCAACAAAAAGAUCCCAUGGGAAAUCGAAACCGGUGGUUCGUGGACAACGGGAUAACGCAAGGCUUUUUACCCUCGUGUGUCCUGAAUUCCAUCGGAGAAAAUGAUAUUGAAGCCCAAAAUGAAGCCGAGUCCCUCACAGAUAGACAUCCUCCCAGUCAAACUGAACCCAAUCACGCCUAUGAUGAUGUGGCUGACGAAAGUGAGGAGCCCCACCAUCUUGAUGCACCCCCUGCCGUCAAAGAGGACGCUCCCUCAAGUCCACCUGAAGAGGGAUUCCAACCUUCCCGAAAAGCUCCACCUGUUCCUAAACAAUUCAACAAAUCAUUCGAAAAUCAUGGCGACAACGAUAAAGGACAACAACUUGACAAUGACGAUCAAAACCCAGAAAUAGUUCACUCGGAUAAGUCAGAUAUUCGACGUUGCCAAGACACUUCAGUCUCGGAAACCACCAAUUACUAUCAUGAUAAAGCUAAAGAAGAUAAAACCUCGAUCGGACCGACAUCAGAAAAACCCUCUAACAACUACGGCUACGACGACUUAACCGCUUCGGAGGUGGCUUCUCAGCAAUCGCAAGACCUCAGUCCAAUUUAUGAAGAAAUCCAUGGAGGGUCUCGAUCAACAGUGUCAACAAGCAGUAGCUCAACUUCCUCCGGAGGUGCGCAAGGGGCAAGGGGCGCCCAAGGGAAGUUUCAUUUCUCUUUGUACGCAUUCACGGCCACAGACUCCACCAUGUUGUCUGUCAAACGUGGUCAAGUGGUGCGAGUCAUUCAAGUGACCUUGGGAGAGUGGUGGUACGUAGAGAACCGCGAGGGACUUCGCGGUUACGUACCUCACCUCUAUUUGAAGGAGUAUCCCUGUGGAGUGCCACAAAUCUCCACCAACGCAGAAAUUGAAUCUCAGGCACGUGGCAACGAUGAUGCGCCCAAAAUAAGUGUUCUUACUCAGUCCGGACCGAGUACAGGGGCAGAUAAGGAAGAAAACCAAGGAAACCAGCCAGUCAAUGAUAAAUGAAACAAAAAUAGCAACCUUUUGUACCCAUUUAAUGUCUCUCCUAGUGCUCUUUGAUUUUUCAUACUGGCUUGGUCGCAUGCUAGUCGAUUUUGUUUACACGAGAUUUUGUAUGCUUAUAAAACCAUCUUGUCAGAGAA